UAUUCGUUGCUCAGUUGCAUUUGAGAGCUGCUUAAGUCUGGUUCUAACUUAUACAGUAUUCAAAAGUUUGGUUCAAGUUUUAGUUAAUAUUUAUUACAAAAAUAAAAUAAAAUAGAAUAAGUCUCGAAAUGCCGGUUGAUAUUAAAAAUGUUUUAGUUUGUGAUGCCGUUGAUAGUGCGUGCGUUGAUCUUUUGAAAAGCAAUGGAAUCAAUGUUACAUACAAAUUGAAAUUGGCAAAAGAACAACUGUGCGAAGAGGUUAAGAAUUAUGACGCAGUUAUUGUUCGCUCAGACACAAAAAUCACAGAAGAUGUACUCAAAGCCGGUUCGACAGCAGCUGGUGGAAGUCUGAAAGCGGUUGGACGUGCUGGCGCUGGAGUUGAUAAUAUUGAUGUUGCAGCCGCCACAAAACAAAAUGUUAUUGUACUCAACACUCCGGGUGGCAAUUCGAUUUCAGCUUGUGAACUGACAUGCAUGCUAAUUGGAGCUUUAGCUCGUCCGUUUGUUCCAGCUGGACAAAGUAUGAAGGAGGGUCGAUGGGAUAGGAAAUUGUACAGUGGAACUGAGCUGUAUGGCAAGACUUUGGCUAUUCUGGGUUUGGGAAGAAUUGGACGGGAGGUGGCUCUACGUAUGCGAGCAUGGGGCAUGAAGAUAAUUGGUUACGAUCCCAUCACUACCGAAGAAGAAGCAAAAGCAGCAGGUAUUGAGAAGAUGACGCUAGAACAAAUCUGGCCACUUGCUGAUUACAUUACAGUUCACACGCCUUUGAUACCUGCAACAAGAAAUCUUAUCUCUGUUGAGGCAUUGAGCAAGUGCAAAAAAGGUGUGAAGGUGGUAAAUGUUGCACGUGGAGGAAUUAUCGAUGAGAGUGCUGUGUUGGCCGCAUUGGAAUCUGGUCAAUGUGGUGGAGCUGCAUUUGACGUAUUUCCUGAAGAACCACCAAAGUCAGAAAUUACCAAAUCACUCAUUCAACAUCCUAAAGUCGUUGCAACACCACAUUUGGGUGCGAGCACUUCAGAAGCACAAGUUCGUGUUGCUGUCGAGGUUGCUGAGCAAUUUAUUGCAUUGACAGGCAAAUCAAGUGAAUAUACAACUUAUGCUGGCGUAAUUAAUAGGGAUGUGCUUAAAGUUUAUCAAUAGAUAAUAAUAAUAAUUAACAUUUAGUAUGAAAAAUGUAUAAUUUCCUUCUUUUUUAUAAAAUAUAUAAACAUAAAACAUAAA